GGGAAGACGAGGGUGACACGAUAGACAAACCCAAGACAGGUAAUAUGUCUGUGUCAGUUGGAAAAGAAAAUCAAAAGAAAAUCAAAAGAAUCAUGGCAAAAAUGAGGCGUCCAAACGGAUGUCACUAGGAGAACCCCGACCAGCGAAAACUCAUCUUCAAAUGCUGAGUAGCCCAUGAUCAGUCACUUACUCUUGGUCUGGUUUGAUUUCUUCCUCGCCCGUGUCCUGCUAUUCGACAACGUAUUUUCUUUUCCUUCGGGGGGGGAUACUGCUACAAGCCUACGACUCAGAAAUUAACCCCCCUCCCCCCAAAGUCUAUCAGUUUAUACUGAAUUAGUUCUUGCUGUCGAUUCUACGGCUGCCACGUCGUUUGGGCUACACCCGUUCGGGGGUUCUACUGCUCCAUUGUCACAAUGGUUCCAACAACGCUUACUGGCCUAAUUCAGCUAUCACGCAGAAUUUUCCUAGAUCUUUUACACUUGACGAGCCAGCCGACAUCCAAGCUAGCAAUAACUCUAGCUGGCCGCGAUAGACGAAGAAUCGUGGACUCAGGAGCCAGCAGCGCAAAAAGCAGAGAAUCCGACGCUAGCACGGGCACAACGGAUUCGAUUGGGGAAUCCACGACCAAAUUACCACUGUAUCAGUUUCAUCCGUCUACAUUAGGAUUCUCAGGGCAUCGCGGGUCGCAACGGAAUCCACCCCCCGGAACGAACUGGAGGUACCAAACGGAAGAUUCCCAAGGUUCGGGCCUUCUGCGCGUGGGGGUCCCAGAUUUGAUCAAUUGUUCGUCGUCUACCCUGAGAAUCUCCGGAUCUUCCCAUCGACUCCUGCGGCUGGAUGAUCACGAUACUAACGAUUCGAUGAUUGGGGUGUGGGCCGGCCAUCACAGCGCCACCAAUAAUGAGGUCCAAAUCGGGAUACGUCGCUCACGUGGCUUUGGUGUCACGUGA